AUGACUGCAUCAGGAAAAACAGCAGAAAUGUUAGAAAAAUCAACCGUUGAUCCAGGCAGUUCAUUCAACCUAUUUGUGAACAAUUGUAGCAUAGAGCCUAUUAAAAGGAUGUUUUGUUUUAGCAAAAACAAAAUCGUUAUUUUCUAAAUAUUCAGGAAAUAACACUACUCGAGUAGAAUAAAAGGCUCAGUUGAAGUUUGUGAAGAUCAAAAUAAUGUGAAAAUGCUAUUCGAUGCUGAAUUGAACUGUGUUAAUAAUACUAAAUUACUUGUAAUGCAAUUAGAAAACAUGUGUUUCAGCAUUAACAGAUUAUAAUAUAUAUAAAGGAAUUACCACUACUUGUAAAAACUCUAUUGGAGCCCGUUCUCCAGAUCCGAAGCCACCAAUAAAAUAUUAAUAAGGAUGUGUUAAGAAAGUUAAUUU